CCGGAGCGGCGCUGCCGUGCCCGGCGUGCAGCGGCUGCGGGGCUCCGAUGGAGCGGAGCGGGGCUGUCCUGCGGCUCCUGCGGCUCCUGCAGCUCCUGCAUCUGCUGCUGCAGCUCCUGCAGCUCACCUGCACCGAGAGCAGCACCGCCGGGAACGGUUCACAUGAAUUUUCAGACCGAGAAUCUCUCCAGAGAGAUGGUCAGCGUUACAGUGGUCAUGUGAAGCCAAAGUUUAACAUCAGUCAGGUGGCAAUUGCACAGGCUGUCAGCUACAACUUGAGCAGGGCAGGACAGUGGGGAGCAGAGCCCUGGAGGCCGUUCCCCCACUAUGGCCCCCUGAAUGUCACCAUCAAUGGUACCCCCUGCAUCCUGUUCUGGGCCAAGAGGAUCAUCAUCAGGCUGGAGAACCAGACCCAGCUGGAUUUGACAGAGAGGACCUUCGGUGUCCAUGCCACCGUGGACGUUGGCGACUCAAACUGCAGCGAGGACAGCGCCACGCUUUCCCUGAAGUUUGGUGAUAUUGGCAACCUAAAGGGACUUGUUAUCAGGCUCCUGUUAACCACCAGCUCCUACCAGCUGUCUGUGCAGAGCUGGUUCAGCUUGCACAGGCUGCAGCUGCUGUACAACCACUCGCUGCAGGCCACCUUCAACGCCACAGGGAUCCGUGCGCCGGCCGCCUACUCCUUCCACUGCGAGCACGUCAGCAGCCUGCACAGAUACGAUGCUCUGCUCGUCCCCAGCUCUGCAGACGACCUCUCACACCUCUGGGAGGUCACCUUCAUCGACUUCCAGAUUCAGGGUUUUAAUGUUCAAGAAGGACAUUUUGCCUACGCCAGAGACUGUGCAUCCUUCCUCUCCCCAGCCAUCCUGAUGGGGUUGGUGAUGUCCCUGGUUCUGCUGCUGGUCCUGGCCUAUGCUCUGCACAUGCUCAUCCACCUGAAAUCUCUCGACAGGCACUAUGAAAGCAAAGCUUCUCCUGCCUAUUUUGCACAGAUGAAAGACAGUGACAUGGGGGAUGAGAAAGAGCCACUGAGAAACAGUGGAAAUGAGUCCUACGAACUCAGGAGCCAACAGUUUGGUAAAAUCUUUAUUUAGCAGCCUCUAUCUGUCUCAGUGAAACAAGAGCUGCUUUCUUCUGCUGGCAGUAUGUGGUCUGUGCAGAUUUUUUUGCCAGCUGGUGAAAGGAAAAGCAGGUAACAGAUUGUUUAGCCAGUUAUUCACUGGUAAUCAUCUCAAAGAUGCCUUGGGAAAAAAGGUGAGAAAAAAAAAUUUCCAUUGUGAGUUAGAGGUAUUCAUGUUGUGGGACUUUAUUCCUGUAGCAAAAAGCCAAAAUGCAUAGCUCUUCAUCUAGUUUACCAAGUCUUGAAGAGAGGAUCUGUAAUGGACACUUCAAAAUUAAAUAAAGGUUUAAAAAACAAAACUAAACUAAACUAAACUCUUUGCUUAUUCUUUCAGAAGGCAAGAUUUUCCCUCAUUUUAUUCACUUUCUCUGUGUCCUGAUAGAGCAGCAUCAGUUUCUUUCUCAGCAUGUGUUUCCCUUUAAUUUCCCACGUCGCAUCCCCUUCUUUUUGUCCCCAUAAACUUCUUUUCCUGCUCUGGAGUCUUCAGGGCCACGUGAGGUGUGUUUUUAUCCAGGGCACAGAUGAAACAGUGGCUGCAGGACAGCAGCACCCUGGUGCUUGCCUGUGUCUAAGCUGGAGGUUUAUCCUGAGGAUCUGAUGGGAAAACACCAGACAUCUGCUCACAAAGGCUUACCCUC